AUGGGGAUUGGGAGGGAUCUCAGCAGUGGGAGAGGGGGGUGGUGUGAGGAGCACAAGUACGGGGGGGUCGGGGAGGGAUCUUGGCAGUGGGGGGAGGCGGGGGGUGCGGGAGCCCGGGAGCGGGGACGUUUCCCCAAAGCUUGGAAGGUUCUCAGAAGCAGAGUUCCUCUUCUAAGGGGUAAGGGGGACUCUGUGGGCCAGAGCAGGCUGUGUCACUAUCCCACAAUCCCCUUCUCUGUCGUCCCCACCCCCAGGUUCCUGGCCCAAGAUGUACCAGAGAUGGAGAAUUUUGUGAACCUACAUAAGGUGCAACUGAUCAAGCGCCAGACUGUCAUCACCUGCAUGAGCACGCUGAAGAAGAACAUGGCGGAUGAGGACGCAGUCAGCUGCCUGGUGAUCGGGACGGAGAGCGCCGAUGUCCUCAUCCUGGACCCUGAGGCCUUCACUAUCCUGGCCAAGAUGACGUUGCCGAGCGUGCCAGCCUUCCUGGACGUGAUGGGGCAGUUCGAUGUGGAGUACCGGGUCACGGUGGCCUGCCGGGACGGGAGCAUCUACAUCCUCUGCAGGGGUGAUUCCCUCCAUACAAGGGCUCAGCCCAGGCCCCGAGGCCUGAAGGGGAAGAAGCUGUGGACAGUCUAUCUGCCAGCCCCACUGGUGACCAUGAGCCUCCUAGACCAGAAAUCACACGGCUUCCAGACAGUGAUGGUAGGUCUGGCCAACCAGGUGGUGCACAUGUACCGGGACAAAAACCUUGUGGACGUCAUCCGCACCCAGAUCCUGAAGCGCACGGCCGUGUUUGAGGAGAAGGACACGUUGCUGGGGCCUCCCGUGGCCCAGAGCAUCCGACUCAGCGUGCCCAAGAAGACCAGGCUGUAUGUGGACCAAACGCUGCGGGAGCGCGAGAAUGCCGUGGCCAUGCACCGCGUGUUCCAGAUGGACCUGUACCGGCUGCGGCUCAUGGCAGCCCGGGCCUAUGUCAAGGCGCUGGAGUCCAGCCUGGCGCCCAUCACAUCCACACUGCAGGAGCCCCUUAAGAUGAAUGCAGUGGUCCAGGGCAUCAGCCCCACCUUCAAACUGACCCUCCACAUUCAGAACACAUCAGCUGGGCGCCCCUCCAUCAACCUGCUGGUGAGCUUCCUCUACGAUCAGAGCCUCUAUGCCAUGAAGAGAGCCUUCUUCAAGGCUCCCAUGCUGGUCCCGGGACUGAACUACCCCAUUGAAACCUUUGUGGAGUGUCUGAGCGACAAGGGGAUCUCGGACGUCAUCAAGGUGUUUGUACUGCGGGAGGGCCAGAGCAUGCCCUUGCUGACUGCCCAUAUCAACAUGCCAGUGAGUGAGGGCCUGGCUGCUGCCUGAACCGCCUCUCGGGGGUGAUAGAGACCAGAGCUGCAAUAGAUCCCGUAGGAGCCCUCACUGGAUCAGAGCCAGGACUGGGAGCCAAGGCCCCCUGCUGUGCAGUGAACCACCAGCUGCCCCCAGGGUGCACACUGCUGACUUGGGACCAUGUAGAGGGGGGCGUCAGGGCUGCUGUCCCCGUCCCCAUCCCCACCCUGGGGUGCAGACCCAGCUGCGUUGUCUGGGAUCAGGCCAGCUCCUUCCAUGAGAGGGGGUGGGGGGAGGACUUAUGCCCAUUUUGGUAUCAAGAGCUGCUGGGGGAAGGGGUGUUUCUCCCCCAUCCAUGGCCCUGGGGGCAGCACCUGGAAACCCCCUUAGCUGUGAUUGUAGCAUCCCAAUAAAGCCAGCACCGUUACUGUACCAACCGUGCUGGUGUGUGGAAUGCGCAGCACAGGGGUGGUACACUCAGGUUAACAAUUAACAACCUCCCCCAAUCAAAGGGGCCACACACACAGCACAUAAAAGCAGUUUAAUGCAGUU